CUCCAAGAUUUCUUGCAGGUGGAGGGCUCUUCGGACGUCUAUGUGUUAGGGUUUCAGGAAAUUGUUCCUCUAAGUGCUGGAAAUGUUCUAGUGAUUGAGGACAAUGAACCAGCAGCAAAAUGGCUAGCCCUCAUAAACCAAGCACUGAAUAAACCCCAAAACGCAUGCUCCAAUGUGCAUACUUCUUCAGAUUCAUCAAACCAGGGUUCCAACAACAACAACAACACCAAGGAAUCCAAGUCCCCAGGCAGUCUCAACAUCUUCCAGAAGCCUUCUCUAAAAGCUCUCAGAAAAAGCUUCAAAGCAAACAGUAGCCUUCUCAAGUCUUGCAACUGCCCUGUGGAGUAUCCAUACCAAGAAAGGCGGCGGAUAAGAAAGCUCAGUGAUGCUACCAGUGAAUCAGACUCAGCAGCUUCUCUUCGAAGCAUUUAUGGCAGUGAUGGUAGUGUAGAUGAAUUUCUUGCAAUUGCUGGGAUUCAGUCCCCGACUUCCUCUGGCGACAUGAAUUACCGCCUUAUAACAAGCAAGAAGAUGGUAGGGAUUUUCCUAUCGGUUUGGGUUCGAAAAGAGUUGGUUCAUCACAUUGGCCAUCUCAGAGUCUCCACUGUAGGAAGAGGAAUAAUGGGUUGCCUCGGAAAUAAGGGAUGCAUAUCAAUAAGCAUGACAUUGCACCAAACAAGCUUUUGCUUCGUGUGCUGUCACUUGGCUUCCGGGGAGAAGGAAGGUGAUGAGCUCAAGAGGAACGCAGAUGUGACUGAGAUCCUCAAAAGCACACAAUUCCCCAAGAUCUGCAAGAAUCCAAAUCGUCGUCCUUGCGAAAGAAUAACUGAUCAUGAGUAC